GCGUCCUCUCUCUCACAAGCUACUCGUGCAUUGGAGUUUAUGGGACUCGAGCUCAUCAUUCCGUGUCUGAUAGUGAUGAAUAGUCGCAGUGUGCUGUGAUUUAUCACGCAGGCGGGCUGGUACUGUAUGUGUGUCUCACAGUAUGGAGGGGAGUGGGGAGGUGAAAGUUCACCAUGGCUUGGGAAUAUCAAGUGACAAUGUGGAAAAGUUUGGCGGCCUCCGCAGAUUAAAUGUCUCAAACUCGGAGAAUGACAAGCAAAGGGAAAUACAAUGAAGUGGACGGAGAAAACGAAGCGCUACCGUUCGAUUAUUAUGACGAUGAAGACUAUUUUGACACGUUCACGGACGGGGACGGAGACUGCGGGUGUGAUGAAGGAGAUUUAACAAACACAGACACUUUUUGACGCUCUUAUAUGUGGUGCCCUGCAGUUAGACACUUGGAUAAACACUUCGGGCUGUAUUUUGAGACUAGAAGUGGCCGUCAGUCUCACCAAAUGCAGUUCACAUUCCUCAGCUCACAGCUAGCAAGGUCACAUUCAUUAAAAUGAGCUGCAGCAUGUGAUAUGAAGCAUUGGAAUGCCAGUGUAGGCUGUGCCCACAACUCUACACAUCGUCCCCACCAAUCAUUCAAACUCAUGGGAUUAGUAUACUCGGAUUCAGUGAUCCGUUCAGCAGUGAGGUGAAACCUCGAAUCCUGCUCAUGGGCCUGAGGCGAAGUGGCAAGUCUUCUAUUCAGAAAGUUGUAUUCCACAAGAUGUCGCCCAAUGAGACUCUCUUUCUGGAGAGCACCAAUAAGAUUUGUCGAGAGGAUGUGUCCAAUAGUUCCUUUGUCAGCUUUCAAAUCUGGGACUUUCCUGGUCAGAUAGAUUUCUUCGACCCCACGUUCGACUAUGAGAUGAUAUUUCGUGGAACAGGGGCUCUGAUCUUUGUCAUAGAUUCACAGGAUGAUUAUGUGGAGGCACUGAGUAGACUUCACCUCACUGUGACAAGGGCCUACAAGGUCAAUCCAGACAUCAACUUCGAGGUGUUCAUCCACAAGGUGGAUGGACUCUCCGAUGACCACAAGAUUGAGAAACAGAGGGACAUACACAAACGAGCCAACGAUGAUCUAGCUGAUGCUGGUUUAGAAAGGAUACACUUAAGCUUCUACCUGACGAGCAUCUAUGAUCAUUCAAUUUUUGAGGCCUUCAGUAAAGUUGUGCAGAAACUCAUCCCUCAGCUUCCAACCCUUGAGAAUCUGCUCAACAUUUUCAUAUCUAAUUCAGGGAUUGAAAAGGCUUUUCUCUUUGAUGUGGUCAGCAAGAUUUACAUAGCUACAGACAGCAGCCCGGUGGACAUGCAGACCUACGAGUUGUGUUGUGACAUGAUAGAUGUGGUUAUUGACAUCUCAUGCAUCUAUGGGUUGACUGGAGAUGAUGCUGGAACUCCAUAUGAUAAAGAAUCCAUGGCCAUAAUCCACCUUAACAACACCACAGUGAUGUAUCUAAAGGAGGUCACCAAAUUCCUUGCCCUGGUGUGUUUCCUCAGGGAAGAGAGUUUUGAGAGGAAAGGACUUAUCGACUACAAUUUCCACUGUUUCAAGAAAGCCAUAGAGGAGGUGUUUGAUGUGCAUUUGAAAGUGCAGAGGAAUCGGAAGCUUCUAAACCAGAGGAGAUGGAGUAAGCAGACCAUGCCUAACGGAACUCCGUUGCAUCCUCAUUAAAGACAAUCGGACAGCCGGCCAGCCUGUUACGACUCAAGAGUGAAGGAUUCAUACAGACUAUGCUUGCACCCUUAUUCAGGGCCACUUAAUGCUCUUCAGCAAUCUAAAAUGUCAAUGCAAACUGCAUUGUGUGUGAAAUACCUUGCACGGCUAAUUUAGCUGUCCAUGUUUUAACAGACUACAAGGAAAGCAACAAUUUUCAUUUUCAAUAUUAUUUUUUACAGAAGAAAUCCAACAAUAGUGAUGCACUUUCUUAAAACUUUUUAGUGUUUUUUGUCACAUAUAGGGCACAAUAAUGUUUUUUGAAGUAACGCUUGCAGAGUUUAACUUAUACUGAACAACAAAGAAAAAGGUUUAAAACUUUUUUGAAAGAUUUAGAAAAGUGAAAAAUCCUAUUAAUUGUUGCUAAAACUUUUUCGAUAUUAAAAUACUUAAGAUGCAGAGACAACAAUAUGUAAAGCUUUCGUAGAAAGUUUAAACUCUGUAGUGCUAUCAUAACUUUGCUCUGUUUGUUUGAGAAUCCCAAAGUACCUGACAGAGCAACUUUGGCUGAACCAAUGCUGUGAGUUUGUGGCGAGGCAUUGGGGUGGUGUGUGUUCAGGGAAACCUGUUUGAAAAUAGCCAUUGUUUUUGCAGUUACAUUUGGUGACGCUAGUGGUGCAGUAAUAUCACACUUCAGUUUCAAUUUAGAAUUUUUUCCAGUUUAAUCAUUCUGUAAUUGUCCCCUUUCAAUGCAUAAUGAUCUGUUUUUACUACCCCUGCAAUACCCUGCAAUUUAAAUUAAUAAAUGAUUAAAAAAUGUCCUUAAGGUUAACAUUUUUUAUUUCAGUGUGCUAGCAAUUUAAAGUAAUAAUAGUCAUAUUAAUACAGAUAAGGAAAUUGUAAUAAAACUGUACAAGUUGGCUCAUACAAAAACGUACAACUUUUAAUCCCAUAGAGAAAAAUAAAUGAACCAAUUUUUCCCCAAACAAUAACCUAACCAUGAUUUUAAUAGGAAAAUAACAUUUGUGUACCACAGAAUAAAGAAAACAUUGGGGUUUGGAAUGAGACGAGGGGAGUGAAUUACAUGUUAUUGACAUACACCAGUCAUUUCUGUUGCAAAAAUAAAUAUGGGAUGAGUAACCAAAUUUUUUCACAUAAAUUUUUUUUAUGUGACCAAGCUAAAAUUGUUUGUUGGCUGGUUAGUCUUGGUUGGGAUAAAAGUCGUACCUUUUCGUACGUGUCAUGUCGGACAAAAUCUGAAGAUUUCGCCAUCUCAUACAAAUUGUUGUCAUAAGACUAUUUUGGAUUGUUUUGCACAUACAGUUGGCUUAUUGUCUACAUUAUAAGCAUGCAAAUAAUUAUUUGUGUAUUUUGUAAAAAAUAAUAAUAAUAAAGUGCUAUUGUUUAAAUGUAGUCUCUUAACUAUGGAAAAAGAAUAUUUCCCUUCAUUUCGCUUUCUAAAUGAGAAUGUGACAUUUAAAUAAAAUUGGGUUUGUUUUUUUCAGGUUUA